AUGCCGCAACCCGGCUGCGAGCUCGCGGGUGUCAUACUUGGGUCGGUGCCGCUCGUCAUCAGUGCGCUGGAGCAUUACAGGGAAGGUCUUGCCGUCAUGAAAAAUAUGCGGGACUACGAGGAUGUAUUCAACGACAUCCAGAGCCAAUUUGGAGCUUCCGUGAGUAUCUACAUGAAUUCUUGCUACCAGCUACUUGGCCCACUCAAUUUGCCGGAUCAACAAGUAAUCCAACUGUUGGAGCAGCGACGCAAAGCCGCCUGGUCGGAUGCGCAGCUGCGGAGGGCGAUCGAGAGUAGACUUGGGCCAAACUACAAAGCGUACGUAUCGCUCAUGGAGAAGCUGAACAAGAGAAUCGAGCUCCUCUGUAAGAAACUGAAGUUGAACGACGAUCUAAAGCCUCCAUGGGUUGGAACUGAUGAUUCCAUUGACGAAAUGGCACGCAAGAAGUUCUUUAAAAGCAUAUGGACGAAGAUAAGAGGUGGCUUCGGCUCAGCGAAGUAUUCGAUGCUUUUGCAGGACAUCGACCGCGACAUAGACAAGAUCUCCAAGCUCACAUCUGGAGCUAUCCAGCUGGAGCCACUUCGUACUGAAAAAAAGAAGCCCUUGCGCUUUUACUCUUGCACCUGCAACCACCCCCACCAGGCUAACCUACGCCUUGACCUCCGAAACGGAAACGAUAUUGAAGGUGGCGUCACCCGCUUUGCCUUCCUUCUGACGUUCAAGAUGCCAGAAUGCGUGCCCAAGGUACUCCCGUGGACUUGGAGGGACAUUGAGAUAGAGUCAUUGCAGUUUCUGCCCCCACAUGCCUACGCCACUUCCAGUAGGCACGCUCAAGAAUACUACGCACAUCGCCCCAUCCGUGACCAUUUCGCCAUCAUCAACAUCUAUGACACGUUCUCCGACACCAGCACUCGCGAUCAGAAUCGAAAACCUCUGCAAAACCCUUGUAGAUGGCUCCAAGCUAGAAUGUUGUCUUGGUAUACUUGUAGACCAUCAUUGGUACCAUCGUGUGUAUCUGGUGACUGGACCUGGCAGCAACAACCAAAUCUCGGAAUCAGCAUCACUGAAAGAAAUAAUCUGCAGAGGCAGGAAGAUUGCAACAAGGCAGAAUCCUGGGGCACCAAAGAUAUAUUCAUUCUGCAAGGACACUCAGGUGACCUUCUCCCUUCCGCAUACGUAUCCCUGACCUUUUCCCCAUCUGCCAUUCAAACAGCCGCCAAACGCCGCCGUUGCGUAAAAAACGAACAAGUCUUCGCCCUCGGAGUUGCCCUCCUCGAGCUCGCUCACGGCUCGCCACUUCUCUCCCACAUUACCCCUGAUGACCUCAACGACGAGGGGCAACAAGACAGCAUGACGGAAGUCUCCAUCGCCACACGACUGGCGGACCAUAUCAACAAGUUCGAGAGCGAGAACUAUGCAAGAGCUGUGCUACGAUGUAUACGAUUUAAUUUCGAUUCUUUCAGUUUCGACUUUAAGGACAAGGAGUUUAGGGAGAAGUUUUUUGAGGGUGUUGUGGUGCCGUUGCAGGAGAACUGGGAGUUUGUGACGGGUGGGAAGUUGUGA